CCUCAUCUCAUCCUCCCCCAGUCCCUAAUUUUAGGAACAUUUUAUCACUACACUCUCAAGCAUCUAUCCUCUUUUCUCUCUUCCAAACUUCUAAACCACCCUCGCCCAUCUCUCAUCUCGCCAUCUCAUGAAUUCUCAUCUCAGACCUCAGACCUUUGCAGCAGCCCGACCCACCCUCUCUCCAUCCUAAACACUGAAAUCCAUCUGAAAAAGCCUGGACACAACUCCCACUUCUGUACUCUCUUGCCCCCAUAAAACAUCUCUCCCUCCUCUUCCCCACUCCGUUUUCUUUCAUUUUUCUUGUGUCUAUAAAAUUCUUUCAUUCUUAGGAGGCUAAAGUCUUCAUUUAAGUAAAGGGGGAGUGGUCAUGUGGCGGCUUGUAGUUUGUGUGCCAGGCAAAGGACCCUGAUUGCUUUAUGUUGGUCCUGCUCCUGUAUCACAGUAUCAAUACUUUUCUUUUCUUUUCUUUUCUUCUUUUUUUUUUAAAUAUAUUAUAUAUGGGCUAUUAAUUUUAUAUAAUAAAACUUUUUUUUAUCAUGGUAUUUAAUUGCUGGGGGUAUGAAAUAAUUGAGGGGAUUUGAUUACCAGGAAGUCUAUUUUGGAUGUACUUAUAUGAUGUUGCAUUGACCCACUUAGAGAAGAAAAGAGAGGGGAGAGAGAGAGAGAGGGGGGGCUGAAGCAUAUAUGAAAUGAUGAUCAUGGCUAGGAACUAGGAAGUCAUCAUCACCUCUAUCUGAUGAUCUUCUACUUCUGAGUUCGGAGGAGAUGUCUUCUUUCUUCCUAGGUUGGCUUUCAUGGCAUCCCAUGUUCGGCCUGUUUACACAAGCCUGAGUAGUAGACCCAGUCUUCAUCUCCAAUCUUACCUCCUCCUCCACCGUCACCACCAGCACCAGCUGCAUAACAAGAUAAGUUAAUUCCCUCUUGUCAAUAGCAGGUAAGCUAUCUCUGUCUGGCUCUGGUUUGAUCAUUGCAUAGAACUGAGUGAUAAAGUUGGAAACUUUUCUCCCUUUCUAAUCAGACGAUUGAAAAGGGUGAUUUGGGUUUUCAUGGACGUUGUUUAUUGAUCUUGGUUUUGUUUUGAUUUUGGGCUGCGGUGUGAGGGUGGAUCUUGAUGGGAAUUGUGGUUGCAGAAUCGUCAGAAGCGACAGGCGAGAAAAAAUCGAAGUAGACUUUGUGUUGUAUGGCUGGGGAGAAUCCGGCAGAGAAAUCAAGGAACAUGGUGUCAUCUGCUGGCUUUGUUUACUCGGAUGUUUCAUCCACCAACCCAAGUAUUCAGACCCAGACCCAUCUGGUGAACCAGAUCCAAAGCUUCGAGUCCAACCCAGAGAUGUUCAACUUGACUACAGGCAUGGAGAUGAUAGGGUUUCCUCCAAAAAAUCUGCAGCAACCGAGUGAUGCCAACUCGGUGAUGUGGAAAGCGUUCUUUGGGAAACAUGGAAAUCACUCGGGACCCUCUUCUUCAAAGACAGUGAACGAGUCGACGAGCGAUUAUUAUCAGCAUGAGUUCAACAAGUCUGAUUUCGCAACUGGGAUUUCUCAGACAACAAGCGAGAAUCUGAUGGUUGCACCCGACUCAGCAGCAUGGCAAGAGAACAGAUUGAUGGUUGAUGAUUCCUCUUUGAGGUGUGUGUUUCCUUGUGAAGGAAACGAGAGGCCCAGUCAAGGUCUCUCACUCUCUCUCAGUUCCAGCAAUCCCUCUAGUAUUGGGUUACAAUCAUUUGAACUCAGACACACUCAUCAUCAAGGUCAACAGGAUGAUCAUAUGAGGUUUCUCUCUUCAAAUUCUAGAGAUUGCUUCUUUGGAAAAUCUGCGGCCAUCCAAGAGCAACAAAUGAUGCAGGAUGGGUUUCUGGGAAAAGCUGCAAAUCUUAAUCAAGGGAACUUCCAGCUGAGGAACUCAAAGUACUUGGGUCCUGCUCAGCAGCUUCUGAACGAGUGCUGUAACCUUGGAACAAAGCAGAUUGAUCCACCUAGGCAAAAGGCCCCCAAGACCAACCAGUGGGAGGAUGAGAAUGGAAGCAGUAGUAGCUGUUCAAGAAAGCCAUCUCUCUACUCUCUGGAGCUCAUGGAAUUGCAGAAGAGAAAAUCAAAGCUGCUUUCAAUGCUUGAGGAGGUUGAUAGAAGAUACAAGCACUACUGCGAUCAGAUGAAGGCGGUGGUCUCAUCCUUUGAAGCAGUGGCUGGAAACGGGGCUGCGAGAGUCUACUCGGCGUUGGCUUCAAAAGCCAUGUCUAGGCAUUUUAGAUGUCUGAGAGACGGCAUUGUGGGUCAGAUUCAGGCCACUAAGAAGGCCAUGGGAGAGAAAGACCCAGUUGCACCAGGCACAACCCGAGGGGAGACCCCCAGGCUAAGGGUUCUUGAUCAAGCCCUGAGGCAACAGAGGGCAUUUCAGCAGAUGAGCAUGAUGGAGAGCCAUCCAUGGAGACCCCAACGAGGCUUACCCGAGAGAUCAGUCUCUGUGCUUCGAGCUUGGUUGUUCGAGCACUUCCUCCACCCGUAUCCCAGCGAUGUAGAUAAGCACAUCUUAGCCCGCCAAACUGGUCUCUCAAGAAGCCAGGUAUCCAAUUGGUUCAUCAAUGCGAGGGUGAGGCUAUGGAAACCCAUGGUGGAAGAGAUGUACUUAGAAGAAACAAAGGAGCAAGACAACCUGGGCUCCCCAGAUGGGGCUACAGACCCCGACGACAAUGGCCGGCCGAACCCUAAUCCCCAGCCACGUAUCGAAGAUCAAAAGCCAACAGCCGAGCAACUUGUUCGAAUAGACUCCGAGUGCCUCUCUUCCAUCAUCAACAACCCAGAGAAGAACGACUCUAAAAAUGGCAAAAGCCUUCAAAACCCCCACCCCCACCACCUCCACCACCACCAGCCCAACUUCGGGCGAGUUGCCGAGGCCUUUGGAGCCGUGGAGUUGGACUUCUCCUCUUACAAUCACCACACGGCCGGCGCUGUUUCUUUCACUAACGACAGUGCCCAUCAUAAUUUCGGUGGCAGCGGCGUGUCCUUGACGCUGGGCUUACAACAGCAUGGUGGAAGCGGGGUGAGCUUAGCAUUCUCACCUGCAUCACAGAGCUCUCUCUUCUACUCUAGAGACCCCAUUGAAGAUUGCCAACCAGUUCAGUACUCUCUUUUAGAUGGAGAAGGACAGAACUUGCCUUACAGAAACUUGAUGGGAGCGCAGUUGCUCCACGACUUGGCCGGAUAAACAGAUAGGCGAUGAGCUUCCCCGGUCCAGAGCCUUGUGAUUGAAGGAAAGUGAUCAUUGAUGGUAGAUAAUUACAUGAGAGACAUAGAUAAAUACUUCAUACAUACAUAAACUUAUACUUGCUUAGCUAGACAUACUACUGAACAUUAGUUCCAUGGCUGGUAGUUUUGCACCUUGGCUUUUUCGAUGGAAAGAAUAUGUUUACUACUGUUAGAGUAGAUUGGAAUUGCCAUUGAUUGAUGCAAGGAUAUACAGGUCUUUCUUCCUCUUUUGGGUAGAAUCUGUAUGAUUCAAAAUUUAACCUAUUAGCUAUGUCUAUGUUAGCAGUA